UAAGCCUCGUUACGCACAAAACUGAUAGGAUUUUUUCGCGUGGUCAGUAUAUAUGAUUUAUCCAAAGGUAGUCGAUUGAAGACAACAAAGUGAAACCUGAGUAAUUCUUUAACAGUGCUGAACUAACUCCAAGUACUGAACCUCGAUGACCAGGGUGUUUGUAUACGGGACACUAAAAAAUGGACAACCUAAUCAUUUUCGUUUGAUGGAUUCUGAUUCUGGUUCUGCAAAAUAUAUUGACCAAGGAAAAACGGCGGAGAGGUACCCCCUGGUAAUAGAAAGGGUAUAUAAUCUGCCAUGUCUGUUACGUGUGCCAGGAACGGGAAUGCACAUCAAAGGUGAAAUUUAUGAAGUGGAUGAAAAGAAAAUGAAGUUUCUUGAUUACUUUGAGGACCAUCCAGAAAUGUAUGAAAGAACUUUAAUAUCGGUGGAACAUCAAAACUCCGUAGAAACUCAGCCCAGUGUCUCAGAUUCACACAGUAACUCUCAAGUUCCUCAUAAAGAAAACCAACCGAACACUCUCUCCCAGUGUUGGUGCUAUUUUUAUAACGAUCGUGAUGGGUCACUAAAUGACCUUCCUCGCUUGGAUGAUUACGAUUCAAAAGGAGGUCACGGUUUAGAAUAUGAUUCGAGUAUUGAUGCAGAGUUCGAUAAGUAAUUAAAUUCCAUAUGUUUUAUCACUGACGGUGUCACUCAAACUUUGUCUGAUGAGAAAUUUACUACAGUGUGUCACUUUUUUUCAUGGAGCGUGCUUAAUUUUCAAAUGUUGAUCACAAUGUAUUUCUCAUCGAUUGUUUGUUUGAUUUCAGUGAAAUAAAUACUAUACUUUGCAUAUAUGAAA